AUGGAGAAAGUGGCCCCGGCCGAGCUUGAAAGGCGAGUAUCUGUUCAAGAAAUUCCGGGAAAGGGAAAAGGGCUGGUUGCCAACAGCCACAUCCGGAAAGGAGACGUGAUUCUGAAGGAAACCCCGGUCCUGCUUGGGUUUGUGGACGGUGUACAAGGAAUACGGCGACAGUUGAAUCCUCUUCUUCUCAAGACAGCGGUUCGUGGUCUACCGAAGCGGCAGCAGAAUCGAAUUGAUGACUUGGCUGUCACGACGGGAGGUGAAUACUACGAAGACGUUUUGAGGACGAACUCCUUCACCAUCGAGAUAGACAAUACUAAAUUUUCGGCUCUGUUCCCGGACAUUGCGCGAAUUAACCACGACUGUACACCUAACACCUUCACGAGGUAUAGUCAGAGCACACUUCAGAUGGAAGUGGUAGCUCAUCGGGCCAUUCAACAAGGGGAGGAAAUCACCAUAACAUAUAUACCUCAAAGCCUUUCUACUGGAGAUCGAAAAGCCCUGAUCUCCCAGCGAGGUUUCAACUGCACCUGCCGCCUGUGCUCGUCUGAUAUUGACGGUCAAACAUCAGAUCGGAACAGGGCUGAUAUAAGAUCUAUACUCGACGAGAUUAGAGACCAUAGAGACAGUUUGACGCCCAGCUUAAUUCGCAAGCUCUCACAACGUCUACUCCAAAUAUUAAACGAUGAAUCACUACAAAUCCAAGGAGGCGAGUAUUACUCACUAUUCGCAGACCUGUAUUUGUCGGUGGGCGCAGCAGAGGACGCUAGAGAUAUGGCAUGGAAGGCACUGGAGAGCAGAGUAUUUUAUAACGGCGCGGAUAGUGAAAGGGCCAAGAAAGCAAGAGAUAUGAUGAAGCGGGUAGGUGCCUUUUAA